AAAGUUGUGGUUAGGAAAAUAACAACAAAUGAACGCCAAAGAUCGAAACCUAAAACCGAGUUUAGAUACUCUUUCAUUCGCUUGCUAGCCUGCUACAAUCAGCGCCAGGGCUUUUCCGGAACAACCGCACUAUCCCCUGACCUUGACGAAAGUCAUUUGAUAGUAUUCGUUGCGGGAUAAACAAGAUAUAAAGAAAAAAUGCCUUCUAAAGUACUGUCAUUACUUUCAAGGAUAUCGAGACGCAAGGUUGAUAUCGUAGCACCGGCAUUUUGCAGAUAUUUCCAAACUUCGGGCUUCCAAAUGACUAAAGUUGGCGACCGAAUUCCCAGUGUGGACCUCUUUGAGGACCUUCCCACCAACAAGGUGAACCUGGGGGAGCUCACCAAGGGAAAGAAGGUUAUUGUGUUCGCUGUUCCCGGUGCUUUCACCCCUGGUUGCUCAAAGACGCACUUGCCUGGGUAUGUGGCAAAGGCUGCAGAACUGAAACAGCAGGGAAUUAGUGACAUAAUCUGCGUGUCUGUUAACGAUCCUUUCGUGAUGGCUGCUUGGGCCAAGGAUCAGGGCACUGUAGGCAAAAUCCGGCUAUUGGCUGAUCCAUCAGCUGCUCUUGCCAAGGCUUUGGAUUUGACGGUGGACAUCGCCCCACUUGGAGGAAUUCGCAGUAAGAGGUACUCCAUGGUGGUGGAAGAUGGAAAGAUUACUUCUUUGCAAGUGGAGCCUGACGGCACUGGCUUGUCCUGCUCACUGGCCGAUAAGAUUAAGCUGUAAAAAUGCCGUUGUUCCAAAAGACUCAUAAAUUAGCCUGCUGUAGAAGUUCUACAUGAUUAAACAACACUGGGCUGCUUA